AUGCAUCUUCUUCUUUGUGACCUCUGUGCGUUGUCUUUCUUGACAAUUCUCCUUUCUUGCUGUCAGGAUGGCUACGCUGUGGUGGCAGCGGACGGGCCAGGCGAGUUCCCCAUCAUUGCUGAGGCGCGUGCGGGGGAUGAUGCAGCCAAUGUGGUGGUGACACCUGGCACCGUCGCUUACAUCACCACGGGAGGCCCGGUUCCCCAGGGUGCGGACGCGGUGAUUCAAGUGGAGGACACGCUUCCUGUUGACUCCUCCAGUGGUCAGAGGCGUGUGACUAUAGUGAAGGGCGCUACCGUGGGGCAAGACAUCCGCCCUGUGGGCUCGGAUCUUGCUGCUGGCACAGUGGUGCUGCAGGCAGGCGAGCGCGUUGGGCCAGCGGAGAUGGGACUGCUGGCAACGGUGGGGGCAGCACACGUGCACGUGCACCGGCAGCCGCUGGUGGCAGUCCUCUCCACAGGAGAUGAGCUAAUAGACCCCGCACAGAAUGGCAGUGCCACUCUCCCUCGCGGCAUGAUAAGGGACGCCAAUCGCUCCAUGCUGUUGGCUGCUGUGCGCCAACACCUGGGAGCAGCCUCGGCACCACCAGCAGCAUCAGAAGAAGCAGAACCAUCAGCAGCACAAUCAGCAGCAAGCUGUCCGGCCCCUCUGGAUCUGGGAAUAGCAGCGGAUACAGAGGAGGCCGUGGCAGCAGCGUUUGAGAGGGCACUAGCAGCGAGAGCGGAUGUGGUGGUGGCGUCUGGAGGAGUGUCCAUGGGCGAUAGGGACUUUGUCAAGCCAUUACUUGAGCGGCUGGGGACUGUUCACUUUGGUCGGGUACACAUGAAGCCAGGAAAACCGCUCACUUUUGCAACCAUCGAAGCCCCCUCAGAUAAGACGGAUGGCGCCGCCCAGCCGCACCGAACGAUAGUUUUUGGGCUGCCCGGGAAUCCGGUCAGCUGCAUGGUGUGCUUCAACCUGUUUGUGCUGCCCGCUAUCCGGCAGAUGGGGGGUUGGCGCCAUCCCCUACUGCACAGGGUGCAGGCCCACAUCUCCUCUGCUCUCCGCUUGGACCCUGAGCGUCCUGAGUACCACCGAGCAUCCCUCCCCUACGCCCACAUCUCCUCUGCUCUCCGCUUGGACCCUGACCGCCCCGAGUACCACCGGGCGUCCCUCCGCUGGGAGCCAAACCAAAGCGCUGGUGCUGCUUCCGCCCCUGCUGUUGCUGCUGCUGUUGCCUCUCCUUCCACUGCUGGUGCUGCUGCCUCCACUGUGGGUGCGGGUGUGCGAGUGGCGAUUCUGACUGUCAGUGACACGGUGGCGGCAGGCCUAGCAGCAGAUGCCAGUGGCCCCAGGGCAGUGCAGGCAGUGCAGUCACUGCUGCCAGCAGCAGCAGUGGUGGCGACGGCUGUUGUUCCAGACGACCCAGACAAGAUAGCAGCGCAGGUUAAGGCGUGGGCAGAUGGGGGAGGAAUUGCUGUGUCAACUAGUGAGGAAGCGGGUGUGGCAGCAGUGGAUGUGAUUAUAACGACAGGGGGCACGGGGUUCUCUCCCCGGGAUGUCACUCCUGAAGCCUGUGCGCCGCUCUUCCACCGCUCUGCACCGGGCCUCACCCAUGCCAUGCUGCAGGAGAGCCUCAGGAUCACGCCCUUUGCCAUGCUCUCGCGCAUGGCUGCUGGCAUUAGAGGCUCCACUCUGAUCCUCAACCUGCCUGGCAACCCUAAUGCGGUGUCAGAAUGCCUGGCUGCUCUCAUGCCUGCUCUUCCCCAUGGCUUGAAGCAGCUGAAAGGGGACAAGCGGGAGAAACACCCCCGCCACACGCCCCACCCUGGCAUAGCCAAGGAAAAGGGAAGGGGUGCGGAGGAAUCAGGGGGGUUAUGGGGUGGUGGGACGGAGAGAGGAGUGAUGGGUGGGGUUGGGGAUGGUCGCAUGGGGGAUGGUGGGAAAGGGUUUUGCGGGCUAGAGGGAGGAAUGGGGUGGGCUGGCAGGUCACAUGCUGGGAGGGAAGAGGUGGGGGAGGGGGGAGAGGCUGAUGUGGGAGGGGUGGAGGGAGAUGAGGAUGAAGAGGUGGUUGAGGUGGAGUGGGUCGGGGAUUGUGUGAGGGGGGGUGUGUGGCAGAGGGUAGAGGAGUGUGUGAGGGAGUGCGGAGGGGAGUGUGGUGGGGAGUGUGGAGGGGAGUGUGGAGCGAGACAGGAUGAGGAGGAGGAGGAGGAGGAGGAGGAGGAGGAGGAGGAGGAGGAGGAGGAGGAGGAGGAGGAGGAGGAGGAGGAGGAGGAGGAGGAGGAGGAGGAGGAUAAUGAUAGUGUGAUGGGCCUUGCAGCCGCUAUUGAGGCGCCUCAGAAUGUAACGGGCAUCGGCACGAAUCCACGGAACGGCCCGCCGCCUCCUCGGUGCUACGCCCGGCGGCUUCCGCCUCGCCUGGCGCAGCGGAAUGCCGCGGAGAGUGAGGAAGGAGAGGAUGAUGAUGUGGUGGAAGUUCCAAUAGGGGACAAUAGUGAGGAAGAGGGAAGGAGGGGGAAGGUGGGGGACGACGAGGCAAAGAGGGAGGAAGGGAGGAAUGAAUGUGGUGUCCUUAGGGAUGAAGAGAGAAAGAGGGAGGAGGAGAGGGAUGAAGAGGAGGGAGGAGGAGAGGGAGCAGAGGAGGGAGCAGAGGAGGGGGCAGAGGAGGAAGCAGAGGAAGGAGAAGAGGAGAGAGCAGAGGAGGGAGCAGAGGGAGCAGAGGAGGGAGAAGAGGAGGGAGAAGAGGAGGGGGCAGAGGAGGGAGACGAGGAGGGAGCAGAGGAGGGGGCAGAGGAAGGAGAAGAGGAGGGAGAAGAUGAGGGGGCAGAGGAGGGAGCAGAGGAGGGAGCAGAGGAGGAAGCAGAGGAGGGAGCAGAGGGAGCAGAGGAGGGAGAAGAGGAGGGGGCAGAGGAGGGAGACGAGGAGGGAGCAGAGGAGGGGGAAGAGGAAGGAGAAGAGGAGGGAGAAGAUGAGGGGGCAGAGGAGGGAGCAGAGGAGGGAGCAGAGGGAGCAGAGGAGGGAGAAGAGGAGGGGGCAGAGGAGGGGGCAGAGGAGGGAGCAGAGGAGGGAGCAGAGGAGGGAGCGGAGGAGGGAGCGGAGGAGGGAGAGGAGGAGGGAGAGGAGGAGGGGUCAGAGGAGGGAGCGGAGGAGGGAGAGGAGGAUGCAGCAGAGGAGGGAGACGAGAAGAAGGGAUACUGGAAGCUGAGGAAACGCAGGAGGCAGGAGGAGAAGCUCCUGAGGCAGGAGGAGGAGCUCCUGAAGGAGGAAGAAACCCACCUGAAACAGGUGGAAGAACACCUGAAGCAACAGAAAGAGCACCUGAGGCAGCAGGAGGAGCACCUGAAGCAUAAGAGGCAGCACCUGGAGCUUCAGGAGAGGGAUGAGGAGGGAGGGAGGAUGGUGGAGGAUGGAGGGAGAGGAAGAGGGGUUGUGGUGCGUGAUGGGGAGGGGGUGGGGUUGGCGGAAGAUGGAGGGAGAGGAGGGUUUGAUGGAGGGAGAGGAGGGGUAGACGGGUGGAGAGGAGGGAGGGUGGUGAAAGAUGAGAUUGAAGACUGGUUAAGGUGA